AUGGAAGAAAUCGGUAAAACAUUAAAAUCGAUGCUGCUGGCGUACAAGGGAGGAGUAGCAGUCGAAAACAUAAACCGGGAUUACAAGGACAUGUUCGAGGAGUACAUUCCCUUCAGAAAAUACGGUUACGCGAACAUCCUCGAAUUUCUUAAAGACGUGCCAACAAUAAGAUUAGUAUCCAGAAACGGUACGAUCUACGCUCAAGCGCUAGUUGAUGAGAAGAACAAGCACCUGGCGGACUUGAUCUCCAGACAGAAGACCCCCAAGUCAAAGCCAAUGUCAUCAAGACGUCCCACAAACACUUACUCAGGCAACUACAACAGGUCCUCAUCAGCAGGCAGGUAUUCUUCCAACCCGCGACCGAAUUUCUCCGCGAGGUACGGCCGCAGUCAGUCUCUGCACCGACCAGCCGACCAACCGACCACCAGAAAUUGGUCCUCAAACUCUUCUUCUAGAUCCGAGGCUACCAGAGCACAAAAUUUCGGUUGCAACGGCAGCCAGAAGAAGCCAGAUGACAGAUUUUACAUGCCAAAGCCCCAGAAUGGGUUCCAACAAUCGUCUUCGAAGCCCGAAGCUGACCGAGCUCCAGCGCGAGCCAACAAUGGCUUCCAAAAUCAGUCUUCCUCAACGUCUCCACCGAUGAACCACCGGGUCAGCAACCUGCACAAUAUUUCAAUGGGAAGAAACAGUCAAGCUCAAAACAUGUCAGGAUCUUCCUUCUCCGUAACUCGACGGAUAAAUUCCUCAGGAAACAUUCCACCAUUGAUACCUCCGACUGAUCGGAAGUCUCCAGUGUCUCCAACAAACACUUCUUUCAAGCCGAAGCCAUUGUCUCCUAAUUACAGCAGUAAAACAAGCGAGACUUUCAAUGACUCUGGACCGAAGCCUCAAUUAAAACCUCUGAGCGAGCGUCUGAAGAACCCACUGGCUUUUUCUCCACCAAUUAUCGAGCCCAAGCAGCCUGAGACACCUUGUAACGCCGACAAGCGGGUAACAUUCGCGCCUUCCGUCGAAAUAAAACCCAACGUUAAUCCAGGUAUCAAACAACUGCCUCUGACUCCACCACUGACUCCCAGAUCCUUCAACGACCCUCGGGAAGAGCUGACCGACCUGGCUUUCCAGAUGAACCUCCCGCCUCCAGAGUAUGUGUGCACCGACAGCGGCAAGCGCAACCCCAAGACUGUCUACAGCCAAAUAACAAUCGGGAGCAUGAAGUUCAGCAGCUACCCAGCGGACGCUAAGACUAAAAACGACGCUGAAAUAAUUGCCGCUGAGCAAGCUCUUGCCGACUUGAGAGUAAAGUACCAGUCGCAGGUCCAGUUGCCAAUUACUUUUGAUAAAGCAGUGAUAAAAGACCGAGUGAUUGACAUUGUCAUCAACGACAACCACACCAGUGGAAUAUUCAAGCACAAGCUUCCUCAGUACUACCAGGAGAAGUACAAAGAAACUCUGCCGCUGGACUGGGACAAUGUCCUCGCGAGUUGUUUCUCUAAAAUAACUUGUGAAAAAGUUCUGAAUGACGGGAUAAUCCUGCUGCCUUACAACCCGGCGACUGACGACAUAGACCAGCCGCCUAUGCCGGAGCUGGUGCUGCCUCAAGAAGAGCUCUGGCCGGUUUACAUCACGAGCUUGAUCAGCACCGAGGAGGUCUACGGGAUUAUUCUUGAUGAUGAUUACUGUUUGCGCAGAGACACCAUGACUGACAAGAUUGAGGUGUUCUACAGCAAGGUCCAGCCCAAGCCUGCUUCGGUUAAAGUCAAGAGGUACUAUGCCGUGAAGAAAGACGACACUUGGCAGCGGGUUUAUGUGGAUUUUAUUGACACCGAGAGCGAGAGUGCGGAUGUUUUUUUUAUUGACACCGGAGAUGUUGAUACAGUCAGCUUGAAUGAUCUGUGUACUCUAGAUAGGAGCUUCUACGAACUGGCUCCCCAGGCUGUGAGGUUCAGCAUUGCGGGGUAUGAUGAGCUAUCCAGUUACAAUGUCAUUAACAAGAUUGGCGUUGAGUUACUGACAAACUUAUCCUGCUACGUGCAAGUUAUGAGCCGAGAGAAGAAUGACUUGGGCGUGCUGAUAAACGGAGUGUUUUAUGACACCAGCACUGAUGAAGAUAUCAAUGUCAAUGAUUUGAUUCUUGAGAAACUGAUUAAAACUGUGAGCAGUCCGAAAUUAACCAGCGAGGGCGAGGUUCUUGAGGUUUAUUUAUCGCACGUUGAUGAGGACACUGGUGGGGUUUUUAUUCAGAUAAAUAAUGACUCGUUUGAGGUAUUGAGUGCCUUGAUUGAGAAACUUACUGCGGAAAUUAAUGAUGAAGUUCUUAAAAGAGCUGCGGUUAAGUGGAGCUGGGUCACCAGAGAUGUUGCUUACUUGGUUCGCUUGCCAGAAGGACCGAUGGCCAGGGUCAAAGUCAUCCAGCAACCCCAAGGAGAUCGGCUCAAUGUUCUGCUGGUUGACAUUGGCAAGACGAUGGUCGUCAGCGCUUCACAGCUCGUUAGGAUCCAAAUGAUCCCGCCGGCUCAUGAUAAUAAUCUUAAAUUGCUUGCUGCGGCGGUGGAAAAGUAUCCGGUGCAGACUUGUGGGAUUCAGUUGCACAACACGAGGACCAGCGUGCUGAGUGACAAGAGAAUUUUGAAGCCUCUGAGGGAAAUGGCGCCGCCUAAGGUUAAAUUGUUCUGCAAGGUCAUCAAGGAAGCUAAGGACUCGUUGGCUGUUGUCGAGUUGUUUAAACGCGGAGGAAAGGACAAGGAUUAUUCUUUGAUUUCUAUUAAUAAUACUCUUGCCCUUCAGUUGGUCAGUGCGGAAGACGAGGACAAGAAUAAUAAUUUAAAGCCCAAGUCGAGAAUUUUUGAUAGGAAAAAUUCGAAGACUAAUUUAUCUCCAAAAGGUCUUGAGAUUAUGAGCAAGCCGGAGAUUCCUAAUAUUGGAGAGUUUUUUGAUGUUCAUGUUACUCAGACUGUCACGGGUCCUAAUCAUUUUGUUGUCCAGCCGUAUCAUGGAACUGAGGCUUUGACUAUUCUUGAGGAAGAGCUUCAGGCUUAUUGUGAGGGGAGUAAAAGUUUUGUCAAGAAUGAAGAUUUUGGUACUGUUGAUAGUCUCUGCGCUGCUAAGGUUGAUAAUAAAUGGCAACGCGCUAUGGUAGCGGGAGUUUUUGAUGCAAGGUCUACUAUCGUUUAUUUGUGCGACUCUGGGGUUAUGCGCAACCUGGAUAAUAAACUUGUUGGAGAAAAAGAUUUUGUGUCAAUAAUUAGAAAAAUUGAACCAGACACAGUGAGUCCAACAAAACAAAUCGUCUCUUUGGAACUUAUCGACACGUCUGGCAGUGAAGACAAGAACAUUCUCUCAGAAUUAAUGAAACUUGAUAUUUAA